AAUCAACACCUCGACCUUCUUUCCGGAUACCUAUGGUGGGUAUAUGGUGGCAUUUGCUGGUCGGAAAUACGCUGCUAGGUCUAUCCCUGCUUUUGUUGCAAAUGGUACCUACAUUGUGACAAGCUUUACAUUGGUUCUUGAAUUCAAAAAGGGCAGGCUGCAAAACCUUUACUGGAAGAGGGACGGGUGUGCAUCAUGCAAACAUGCCUCAUCAAACUUUGCAUGCCUCAAUGGUCAAGAUUGUGCUAUGAAGGUCAAUGCAUGCAAAAACAGAGGUGGCAAUGUGGACUGUAGCCUUGGGAUACAAGUUGCAUUUUCUGGGACUGAUGAGCAUGAUUCAGUUUUCAACUCAUGGUACGAAGUGAAGAACCUUCGCCAGUACUCACUCUAUAGCGUAUAUUCCAAUCUGAGAGAUUCUCUCACCAGUCAAUACAACAAAUUAUUUUGAUUUGUUGCCUUGUAUAUCUAUGCUUUUGUGCAUUGUUUCUUUGUUCUGUCCAAAUUUGAAUACAUCAUUCCUGUGUGUGCUGAUGAUGAUGGACACGCUUGGAUGCCUUUCGAAGUGUACUAAGGAGUAUUAAUUUGCCUUUGACGCUUACUAUAGGAGGGUCUAAAAUACAGUCCACCAUUUGCCAAAAAGUACAUCACAUUUAUUUACGCUGAGCUGAAAAUUUAUUUUCUUGUAAUUAUACCCUUUGGCUUUCAUCAUUCUUUCCCUUGUGUUCCAACUCAAGUCUUUCAUCC